UUAGAAAUUCUGUUAUAUUUUCCAAUGCGGCGGUAUUUUAAAAUUAUACUAAAAUUCGUAAUUUCUUAAAUCUUUCGAAGAUACAUAAGCAAUAGUUGUAAAUUGAUAGGGGGUAGGCCAAGAGGCGACCUACGGGCCUAAGAAGAAGCUGUUGCUCGAACCGUUAAAACUAGCUAGAGAAAUGAUGUCAGCAGCUAAACGAACGGCCAAGGGCCGUCAAUGUUAUAUGCAAUUUCAGUUACUCUAUAAUUUAUGGGGGGGUAAGCGUAAGACGCGAUUUAUUUGGCGGCCGCAGCGUCAUUUAAGUUCGGGCUGCUCAACGCUGACGCUGGAGAACACUUUCAAGUGCUAUGAGCUGGAUAAGGGCCCACCGACGGAUGUUGAACUGUCGCGUGAAGAUGCAUUGAAAAUGUACAAGCAAAUGGUGGAGGUACGUCGCAUUGAGGUCACCUCUGGCAACUUGUACAAGGCGAAGCACAUACGCGGCUUCUGUCAUUUAUAUAUUGGCCAGGAGGCCAUUGCCGUCGGCAUGUGUGCCGUACUUCGUAAAAAGGAUAGCGUUAUUACAGCAUAUCGUGCCCAUGGCUGGUCCCAUCUGAUGGGCGUUCCAUCAUUGGGCCUAAUUGGUGAACUUGUCGGCGUUAAGGGCGGUUGCAGUCGCGGCAAGGGUGGCUCUAUGCAUAUGUAUAGCGAUAAUUUCUAUGGCGGCAAUGGCAUUGUUGGCGCCCAGGUGCCGCUGGGCGCUGGCAUUGGGCUGGCUCAUCGCUUUCGUGGCGAUGGCGGCGUUUGUAUAACAUGCUAUGGCGACGGUGCGGCCAAUCAAGGUCAAGUGCAUGAGGCGUUCAACAUGGCCAAGCUGUGGUGCCUGCCCUGCAUCUUCGUCUGUGAGAAUAAUCACUAUGGCAUGGGCACUCACAUGGAACGGCAUGCGGCCCUAACAGAUUUCUAUAUGCGUGGGCAAUAUAUACCCGGCCUCUGGGUCGAUGGCAACCAGGUGCUGGCCGUGCGCAGUGCUACACAAUUUGCCAUUGAUUAUGUGCAGAAACAUGGUCCCAUUGUUCUGGAGAUGUACACGUACCGCUUCGAGGGACACUCUAUGUCUGAUCCGGGCACGUCAUAUCGUUCGCGUGAUGAGAUCAAAAAGGUGCGCUCGGAACGGGAUCCUAUCGAAAGUUUCCGAAAGCAAAUAAUUGCACUAUGCUUGGCCGAUGAGGAGGAACUGAAGAAAAUCGAUACUGCGGUCCGCAAAGAGAUCGAUGGGGUAUCCAAAAAGGUGCUCGCCGAUCGCGAAGUAGGUAUGGAAGAGCUUGUCGCCGAUAUAUAUUCAAAAAAUAUGGAACCCAAAAUACGCGGCGUCUCCGGCUAUAUGCUCGACCAUAAACGCAUCUCGGAGGUUUGCUUUGGCAAGCCCAAGCGUACGCCACCUGAGGAGAUCAACGAUGUGCCCGUCGGUGAUGCAGCACUUAUGGCUGCCCAGCUGGAAGCAAAGCAGAAGCAGGACGCCAAGAAAGUCAAAGAGAAGCCAACCAAAGAGGGUAAGCCAAAAGCGGCCGGUGAUGUUCAAAAAGGCGCUAAGCCAGCAGGUGAUGGUAAAAAGGAUGCUGAAAAGAAUAAUAAGCCGGCAGCAGGGGAAGGUGGUGCUAAAAAAUCGGAUAAGCCACCAACUGCAGCACCACCAGCUGCUGCAGCACCACCAGCUGCAGCACCACCAGCUGCAGCAGCACCAGCAGGUGCCACGCCACCAAAGGGGGCCGGGGACAAGCCGAAAAGUGGAGAUAAGCCAAAAGAUGGCGAUACGCCAAAAGGCGAUGACCAGUCAAAAGCCUGAAUGUCACUAAAGACACAAUCAUUUAAAUUAGAAGGAAGAAUUUGAACUUCCACGUUAGUACAAUCAGAAAGAGUAAUAAAUUUUGGCAACAGAA